GAAACGUCCUUUGGCAAGAUGGGUAUCUACCGCAUCCGCGUGUCUACCGGAGCUUCGCUUUACGCGGGAUCCAGUAAUCAAGUGCAAAUGUGGCUGGUGGGCCAUCACGGGGAGGCAGCCGUCGGCACUCGCCUGCGCCCGAUGCGGGACAAGGAGGAGGAAUUCAAAGUGGACGUGUCGGAGUACUUGGGGCAGCUGCUGUUUGUGAAGCUGCGCAAACGGCGCCUCCUUCAGGACGACGCCUGGUUUUGCAACUGGAUCUCCGUGCAAGGUCCCGGGAACAGCGGAGACGAGUUCAGGUUCCCUUGUUACCGCUGGGUAGAGGGCGAUGGCGUCCUGAGCCUGCCGGAGGGCACUGGCCGCACGGUGGUUGACGACCCUCAAGGCCUGUUCAAGAAACACAGGGAGGAGGAACUGGAGGAGAGAAGGAAGUUGUACCGGUGGGGUAACUGGAAGGAUGGACUCAUCCUGAAUGUGGCUGGGGCUAGACUAUGUGACCUGCCUGUGGAUGAGCGGUUCCUGGAGGACAAGAAAAUGGACUUUGAAGGUUCACUGGCCAGGGGAUUGGCAGAACUAGCUGUCAAAGACUCUUUAAAUGUUCUGACUUGUUGGAAUGAUCUGGACGACUUCAAUCGGAUUUUCUGGUGUGGCCAAAGCAAGCUGGCUGAACGAGUGCGGGAUUCCUGGAAGGAGGAUGCUUUAUUUGGGUACCAGUUUUUCAACGGAGCCAAUCCCAUGCUGCUCAGACGCUCCACGCGUCUUCCCAGCCGUCUAGUGUUUCCUUCAGGGAUGGAGGAGCUGCAGGCCCAGCUGGAGAAGGAGCUCCAGGAAGACACCCUGUUUGAAGCUGACUUCUCCUUGCUGGAUGGGAUCAAGGCCAAUGUCAUCCUGUGUAACCAGCAGCACCUGGCAGCCCCUCUGGUCAUGCUGAAGUUGCAGCCUGAUGGGAAACUCUUGCCCAUGGUCAUCCAGCUCCAGCUUCCACGCAUCGGAGCUCCCCCUCCACCACUUUUCCUGCCCACAGAUCCCCCGAUGGUCUGGCUCCUGGCCAAAUGCUGGGUCCGGAGCGCAGACUUCCAGCUUCAUGAGCUGCAGUCUCAUCUUCUAAGGGGACACUUGAUGGCUGAGGUAUUUGCUGUGGCCACCAUGAGGUGCCUGCCAUCGAUACAUCCUAUCUUCAAGCUUAUCAUUCCUCACUUGCGCUACACCAUGGAAAUUAACCUCAGGGCCAGGACUGGGCUGGUCUCUGACUUGGGAGUUUUCGACCAGGUGGUGAGCACAGGUGGAGGAGGCCAUGUGGAGCUGCUCAAGCGAGCCGGAGCCUUCCUAACCUAUCGCUCAUUUUGUCCCCCUGAUGAUCUGGCUGACCGGGGGCUCCUGGGAGUCAAGUCUUGCUACUAUGCCCAAGAUGCACUUCGGCUCUGGGAAAUCACUUCUCGCUAUGUGGAGGGCAUUGUGAAUCUUCACUAUAAGACAGAUAUGGCUGUGAAAGAGGACCUUGAACUGCAGUCCUGGUGUCGGGAGAUCACUGAAAUUGGGCUGUUAGGAGCCCAGGACCGAGGGUUUCCUAUCACCUUACAGACCCGGGACCAGCUUUGCCACUUUGUCACCAUGUGCAUCUUCACCUGCACUGGCCAGCACUCCUCCAUUCACCUGGGCCAGCUGGACUGGUACACUUGGGUCCCCAACACACCCUGUACGAUGCGGUUGCCCCCACCUACCACCAAGGAUGCAACGCUGGAGACGGUGAUGGCGACACUGCCCAACUUUCACCAGGCUUCUCUCCAGAUGUCCAUCACUUGGCAACUGGGCAGGCGCCAACCCAUUAUGGUGGCUCUGGGCCAACACAAGGAGGAGUAUUUCUCAGGUCCUGAGCCCAAGGCUGUGCUGAAGAAGUUCAGGGAGGAGCUGGCUGUCAUGGAUAAGGAUAUUGAGACCCGAAAUGCACAGUUGGUCAUGCCCUAUGAGUACCUGAGGCCCAGUCUGGUGGAAAACAGUGUGGCCAUCUGA